AUGCGGGACACCGGCCAGUCCAGUCCCAGCAUCACUUGUCUGUCAAUCAACCACGACUUACUCGCUUCAGCCAUGUACGCGCAACGGCCUUUGUCGUAUGCUCCAACGCCUUACAGCUAUACGCCUAACCCGGCGCUGGCUGCGUCCAUCAACCUCGAUGAGGAAGUGAAGCUAGCUUCUAGCUCGGCGGAGCGCGAUCUUCACGAAUCCCUGGCGGAGAUUUACAGUAUCAUUGUCACUCUGGAUGGCCUUGAGAAGGCGUAUAUCAGAGACGUGGUCACGGAAUCGGAGUACACGGAGACCUGCACUCGCCUACUGAAGCAGUACAAGUCUAGCUUGGGAGAUGAUAUCGUCGCCGGAGAAUUCGUCGACCUCGAGACUUUCAAGCGAAAAUGGGGGUUGGAAUGCCCCCGUGCCACUGAACGUCUACGAAUCGGGCUCCCCGCCACAGUGGAACAAGCCACUCAUAGCACCCCCGCGGCGAACAUGGCCCCGGCAGCAACAGGUCCGCCAGGCGGCGCUUCUGGCACUUUGAUUCUGACAGCCACCGAGAACUUCAUAACUUUCCUCGAUGCGCUGAAAUUGAACAUGGUCUCAAAAGAUGCAUUGCACCCUCUGCUCUCGGAAGUGAUCCAGUCCGUCAACAAGGUGACAGACGCGGACUUUGAGAACCGGGGCAAGAUUAUCCAGUGGCUGAUCACCUUGAAUCAAAUGCGAGCGACCGAGGAGCUCAGUGAGGAUCAGGCUAGAGAAUUGUCCUUUGACAUCGAGCAAGCGUACAUGGGCUUCAAAUCGACUCUGGGCUGA